AUGGGAAAUGCGGUGUCGCCAUGCUGGCACCACCAAGACAGCUCCAGAUCGCAGGUGAAGCUCAUCUUCUGGGAGGGGAUGACGCGGACGCUGAAGGGGAGGCACGUCGCCGGCGAGAUCAUGUUCGAGUUCCCGGACAAGAUGGUGUGCCACGCGGGCUCCUUCUUCCUCGGCCGGCCGAUCCCCGCCCUCGCCAUCGACGACGACCUCAUGUUAGGCGAGACGUACUUCAUCCUCCCCCUCGAUUGCUUCCCUGGCCACCAGGGCGGCGGCGAAGGAGGCGGCGCCACGCUCUCAACCUCCUCCCUCGCCGCGCUGGGCUCGGCGAGCCCGAGGCCCGGUCCGAUGAGCUUCAGCGAGGGCGACCCGUUCGAGUACAUCAGGGGCAAGGACGGGAGGGUUCUGAUCAAGAUCGUGCCGGAGUUCCUCACGAGGCUGAUCACAAAAGGGAAAGGGAACGACGAUGCGGACAGCAAAGACAGGUCGGUCAGCCCGUGCCGCGGCACGCUCUGCAGCACGCCAGAGCUGCAGAAGCAGUACGAGCAGUUGGUCGGGGCGAGGGAGCAAGUAUGGUCGCCGAAGCUCGAGACGAUAUCGGAGUACAAGAUUAGGUACUCGCCGUGCCGGUUCAUAGGAUUGGAGUGGAAGCAAAAGGAGAAGGAAGGUUAA